AUGGCCACAGCACAAUACACUGUCCUUCUCACAGGAGCCUCCAGAGGAAUUGGCUUACAUUUAACAAAACAUCUUCUCCUCGGAGGAAAAACAGUUUACGCCACCUGUAGAGAUCCAUCCAAUGCCAAAUCAUUACAACAAUUAAAAGAAGAAUAUUCCGAAAAGUUGAUUAUUGAAGCCUUGACUGUCAAUGAUGAAGAAAGUAUUAAAACAUUGGUUGAAAAAUUGAGGAAUAAUAAUCGUACAUUUAAUGUAUUAAUUAAUAAUGCUGGAAUUUAUUCUACAAUGCAAAAGGAAACUUUACUGAAUUCUACUAAAUCUUCCAUGUUGGGUACUUUUGAAGUCAACUGUGUUGCUCCAAUGUUAAUUACUCAACAUUUGUAUAAUGCUAAAUUAUUGGAAAAGAAUGCAUUAAUUGUAAAUAUUUCAAGUAUUAUGGGAUCUAUUCAGGGAACUACUCAAGCCAAACGUGGAGUGAGUUAUUGUUGCUCUAAGGCUGCUCUCAAUAUGUUUACAAAGAUGGUUAGUAUUGAAUUGCCAAAUGUAUGUUCCAUUUCUGUCCAUCCUGGAUGGGUAAUUACAGAUAUGGGAGGAGAGAAUGCACCUGUUCAACCAGAUGAAAGUGCCUCAGGUAUUGUUAAAUUAAUUGAUACUUUUGAUCCAAAAACUCAAAAUGGAGCAUUCUUACAAUAUGAUGGAACUGUUUUAGAUUGGUAA